CUCAACUUAAAAAGACCAACAAAAAAACAAAUUGGGAUCGAAAGGGGAAAUUAGGGUUUGACAAUCGACAUGGAUACAAAAUCAAGCGAGGAAUCGUCGAUCGAGAAGGAGCCAAUGGAAACUUCCACCGGCGUUGACCAGGAGGAUUCCGGCGAAGAGGAAGUCGACGGAGAUGAAGAGGAGGAGGAAGGUAGUGAUUUCUAUUGGGAGAAGGAUAGUUUCGAUGGGCGGGAAUAUCAUCCCUCUGACGACAGCGAGUACUCAGACGAGGAUCUACAGGAAAGAGCACGUUAUUACAAUCGCACGGUCAUCGAAACCAAGGGUUUCUUUGAGUCAUCUGAUAAACUCCCCUUGUACACUUGGUCUGGAAUUGCUGUAGCCUCGCAUCGGGAUCUUGAAACGAAAAUGUAUGGAGGUAUCACGGGUCGGGAGUUCGUCGGGAACAUGGCAUGUGAAUGUGUUGAAAAACACAACCGAAGAAACAAUAAGAAUGUGAAAUUAGAGCAUGUAUUGAGGGCUAAUUUCGACCCAGGAGCCAAGACUAAGUACUACAUCACCUUUGCUGCAAGAGAAUCUGACUCUCCUGAUGCGCCUCUCGUGGAAUAUCAAGCUAAGGUGGUUUGGUCUGCAGGCAUUACUUAUCCCAUCUUUUGCAGACCCGCUCCACCACCACCUAUACAGGGUUAAAACUGAAGCUAUGGAAGAGAGCAGUUGAAUGAGGUAACCAAGUUGAUGGAAGGGAAGGAAGCAGUGAAAAGAGAUUCAACAAUGCUUCUUGUUUAUGUUCUACAUUUAAACUAUUUGCAUACUUCGUGGGUUUAAAACUAUGUUUUAGUUUGUAUGUCAAGCUCUACAUUUAAAUUAUUUGCAUAUUUCCUGGAUUUAAAACUAUGUUUUAGUUAUAUGUCAAGGAUAUCCUAUGAAAAUGUUUAGUGUUGGCUGGACUAA